AUAUCAAUUAUUUAUUACCAACUUUGAUAAUGUAGGGGUUUUCGAAUUCGUAUGAGAAAUAUACAUAUCUAUAUUAUCGACAUUUCGAUAAUAUAGAAUUUUUUUAUUUUUUUAGUGGGGGCAAUGGUGAAAGGGAGUGGGGAUAGACAGUAUAUAAGGCCGUGCAGAAUUGUUCAUAUUCCUCUUGCAAUCCAUAACCUUUUUGUUGAAAAUACACCAUAACCAGUUAGAACAAGUUUCGACAAGUUUAAACAAGUUUUAAAAUGUUUGAAAUGCGUGUAGCAAGUGUUGGUCCAUUAAGAGCUUAUAAAAUGAGUAUACGUACAAGGAUGAAUAAAAACCUGACACGUAUACAAAAUGAAUUGAGACGAACAAGAAAAGUUAUUAAUUCAUCAAAAACGACUAAAAAUCGAGAGGUUAAUGAACUUCAACUUACAAUAGAAAGUAUUCAAAAGUUAACUCAAACUCUUCUUGACGCAUCGGAUGAUUUAUCGAAAUUGGAGGCUGCUGAAAAUGAAGAAAGGGUAAAAGAAGAGGAUUUUAUUGAUGAUCAAUAUAAUGAUGAUGAAGAACUUACAAUUCCAAAGGCAAACUCAUCAAAAUCUGUGGAAUUUGAUUUGAAUUUUGAUUAG